AUGAUGGCGGCAGAAAAAGUUUGCGGACUCGCAAAACUCCGUGCGAGUGAUUCGGAAGAUUUAGACAAAUUCGUAUCUUUAGAUGAUCGAAAUAACCUGACGGUUGGUAGAUCAGUGCAUUCUGAUCUGAAGUUGGUCACCAAAAACUGUGUAAUAUCCCGUAAUCAUGCUGUACUGCGGAAGAGACCAGAUGAUGAAUGGGUCGUCACAGAUAACAAGAGUCUGAAUGGUGUAACUGUGAAUGGAGAGAGGUUAGUUCCCUUCAAGGAACAUGUCCUAAAUGAUUGUGACAUUGUGCAAUUCGGGGUUAAAACCGAUGAAAAUACUCCUGCUGAGUUUGUGUAUCGAUUUCAUAAAAAGUACCUAAACUUGACAAACCAUGCAAGGAGAGACUCCAGUGGUUCUACAGAUGCUAACAGUAAUAUCAAAAAGCGAAAACAUUCAAACCCAGGUGAAGAAAAUUCUCCUGAUAAAAAAGCUAAAACUGAAAGUGCUUGUACAUCGCCAUCUAAACUCCUGCGAGAGAAACUUGCAGCACAGGAACUGUUGGCAAAGGCAAGAAUCGAAGAAGGUGAGCGCAAGCUUCUUGAGAUACAAAAGAAGGCCGAGCAGGAUCGCUUAUCACAGGAGGCAAGCCUAGAAGAGGAACGACAAGCUGCCAAAGAAAGACUAGCUGAAGCCGAAAAGAAGGUGGCAGAUAUGCAACGGUUGGCUGACCUGGAACUAGAGGCACAGAAUAGGUUAAAAGAGCAAGAGAAACGAUUAGCAGACUUGGAAGAAGUGCGGGAAAGGGAGAAAUGUGCACAGGAAAGAGUACUCCUGGCCGAGCAGCAGUUGGCUGAGAUGCAGCAAAAGCUUCAGGAGAAGGAGGUGGCAGAGGCAAAGGCCAGGAGAGAAAUAGUGGAGAAGGAAGAGAAACUCAAGGAGGAAUUACAGCUCAGUCGGGCGCGACUUGAAGAAGAAAAGUUACAACUCGAAGAGGAUAUGAAACGGAAACUUGAGGAAGAACUAAAGAAAAAGGAGGACCAAAUGAAAGAACGAUUAACUCGUGAGAAAGACGAGUUAAUGGAAGCAAGGAGAAAGAUCGAGCGGGAUCUCCAAAACGAGAUGGAGAGAAAGUUGGAGGAAAAAGACAAGAACUUACAUGAGGAAUUACUGCAACAAAAACAGAAACUAGACAAAGUGAUUCAGAAAAAGGAACUUGAGCAGAAGAUGUUAGAGUGUCAGUUGAGUGAGACAAAGGCAGAGAACUUGAAGGAGAAGGAGAAUGCUUUACGGGUGAAAGAUGAUGUGCUGUCUAACUUUGCUGAUCUCAUGGAGACAGAGUUGCAGUGUAGCAUAUGCAAUGAGUUGUUUAUUCAGGCCACAUCUUUGAAUUGCACGCACUCCUUCUGUUCAUUCUGCAUUGAACAAUGGAUGAAGAAGAAGAAGGAAUGUCCUCUCUGCCGCAUCAAAAUCACAUCUCAUAUCAGUUCCAUUGUGUUGGAUUCGUACAUCGAUACCAUGCUUGAACAUCUGAGUGAGGAUUUGAAGCAACAUCGGGAAGAAGAAAUAAACUUUCGUAAAAGUCAAACACAACCGAAGAAGAGUCUCAGGAAAAAGACUGCAAAAGGUGAUGCAUCAGCUGGUCCAAGCACGACAUCAAAUACCUCUGUUGCCACAACAUCAAGAGAGGCUAUGACUACCAGAGCUCGCACACAACAAGUAGCCAUUCCCCUUACUACCCCCAGCUCAACCGCUGUACCUGAAGUGAUUGAUUUAGACGAUAUUCCUGAUGCAGAAUUCGGGGUUGUGGUUGAUUUAGACGAUAUUCCUGAUGCAGAAUUCGAGGUUGUGGUGGAUGGGUCAGUUAGAGACCCAAUCUCAAUAUCUGACUAUGACGGAGGUUCUUUAGCAGGAUCUGAUAAUGAUGAGGACAAUCCGUUUGAAUCAGAGGAGGAGGAGGACUACUAUAACAGUCGGUCGCGGUACAGUGACAGCGAGUCUUCAGUUGAGGGAGAUCCUGAUGUCUACUAUGGGGGUGGAACUUGUAACAGUUGUGGAAGAAGAGGUCACUGGUAUCGAGGUUGUCCAGACUAUUAGCAAAGUAUGUGACGUUGUCGGUCAUUUUGGAUGGAGUGGACUGUCGGAACUCAAAUUGUUACUUGGCCAAUGUCAACUUUUCUCCAUAUCCAUUUCUCAUUUCCUGGAGGUCAUCUAUGUCAACUUUUAGGAUUGUCUCUGAUAAAAAGUUAGCGGAAUGUCCAGAAUUUUGGCUUCAGUGUUACAACAGUCCUUGUUGCUGGGAUUAACAUGUGAAUGGUAGCAGUUUACUGAUAAGAGUAGGAAAAAGUGUGUUUGAUUUGUUGAAGGUACAUGUAGUCAUCUUGGUCCAUUGCCAAUUGCAUGGAUAUGAUUAAUUGCCGAGAUCAUAUGAUGGAAUAUUUUCAUGGUUUCUUGAUUUGUGUUUGAACUUGCCAAACCUGAAAUAUGAGUCAAUUGUACAUUGAUGUAUGUACAUGGAAUUCAAAUAUAUAUUUUACACUAA